CGUAGAUCAAAAAUGAAGUCGAAAAUGUCCUUUGAAAUGUGUAAUUUGUCAAUAUUCAAAAUAUGAAGUAAUUUAUAGUUAUUUACACGUUGAUUGUUUCGUAUUUACUCGAUAAAACACAUUAUACACUAAAAUAUCUGAUUUGUUAUUACGUGAAUAUAUUUUUUCAUUGGACCGGUGGAGGUUAUGAAAUGAGAACAUAUUUUUAAUUUAUUUUUCCGAAAGCCUAUUGAAGGGUUAUGAAAUAUUAAAUAAAGUUGAAGUAUUACGUAAACAUGUCGAGAAUACUACACAAUCGUAUGAGGUCAGCAUUUAAAAAAUCAACACAAUGGACUAUUGUAGACAAACGAGCAGUUGCAUUUUCAAUUUGGACGGGCCGCAGUGUACUUCUCCACAAGCCUAUAGACACAAGUCAUGUGCAACGAAGGAAAUAUGGCAUGCUGGUUGCACGAGCUGUCAGGGGCAUGUUGAAGAUACGGUAUCUAGUCCUCGGAGGCGCUUUGGGUGGUGGUAUGACAUUGAAUAAGAAAUAUGCAGAAUGGAAGGAUGGUCUACCCGACAUGGGCUGGUUGAACGACCUGCUUCCGGACAAUGAGCAAUGGGAUCAGUUCACAACCACUCUCAUCAACGCCAAGUCUAAGAUCGGAGAUAACCUACAGAUUGGUGUCCCACUGACGCUGUCGGUGCACAUAGAUCCGCGGCUGCGGGAGGCGGGGCUAGCGCGGGCGCACGAGCUCCGUGAUUGGCUGCAGCAACGGUAUGAAGACGCCGUCGCCGCCGCCGCAGCCAAUAACGCCGCCGGUCUCGAAGAACCACAGAAGAUCGUGAACAACUUACAGAGUCGACCCGUACCGUCAUCCUCCGUUAAGUCUGGUGGCGAUGACGCUACUGCUUACGAGAAACGUGUCCACGUACUCCAAGAAGAAGUCCUGGCCUUACAAGCCAGGUACCAGCGGGAACUGCAGCGGCUGGAACAGGAGAACAGGGAACUUAGACAACAGAACAUGUUGCUCAGGCAGGGGAGGCAGCCUGCGCCUAGGAAGAUCAAGCGUUCCCUAAUAGACAUGUACUCAGCGGUACUGGACGAGUUGUCAGGCUGGGAGGCCGGGGAGACCGACAGACUGCCUCGAGUAGUAGUGGUCGGGGACCAGUCUGCUGGGAAGACUUCUGUGCUGGAGAUGAUCGCACAGGCCAGGAUAUUUCCUCGAGGAGCUGGGGAGAUGUGUACUAGAGCUCCAGUGAAGGUGACUCUGUCAGAAGGUCCGUACCACGUGGCGCAGUUUAGAGACUCGGCGCGGGAGUUUGAUCUCAACAAGGAAUCAGAUUUAGCUGAUUUAAGGAAAGAGGUAGAGCUGCGCAUGCGCAACAGUGUCCGCGGCGGGCGCACCGUGUCCACCGACGUCAUCUCUAUGUCCGUGAAGGGCCCCGGCCUGCAUCGGAUGGUACUCGUGGACUUGCCUGGAGUCAUAUCUACUCAAACAGUAGACAUGGCAUCAGACACGCGCGACGCCAUCAAGCAGAUGACCAAACAGUACAUGGACAAUCCCAACGCCAUCAUAUUGUGCAUACAGGAUGGCUCAGUGGACGCGGAGCGCAGUAAUGUGACGGACUUGGUAUCGUCCUGUGACCCGUCCGGGAAAAGAACCAUCUUUGUACUCACUAAGGUUGACCUCGCUGAGGAAAACCUCGCUAAUCCAAACAGAAUCCGUCGCAUCCUGGAAGGCAAGUUGUUCCCGAUGAAGGCGCUGGGCUACUACGCCGUGGUCACCGGCCGCUCUCGCAAGGACGACUCCAUACAGAACAUACGCGAGUACGAGGAGAGGUUCUUCCGCUCCUCCAAGCUGUUCAAAGACGGGCUGGUGACGGCGUCGCAGGUGACGACCCGCAACCUGUCGCUGGCGGUGGCGGACUGCUUCUGGCGCAUGGUCCGCGCCUCCGUCGAACAACAGGCCGACGCAUUCAAGGCCAUGAGGUUCAACCUCGAGACUGAGUGGAAGAACACUUUCCCCAGACAGCGCGAGUUGGACCGCGACGAGUUGUUCGAGCGCGCGCGCGCGGAGCUGCUGGACCAGUCGGCCGAGCUGUCGGCCGUGCCGCCGCCCGCCUGGGAGGCGCGCCUCGCGACGGCAUUAUGGAGCGCCGCCGCCGACAGAGUCUUCGCCAAUAUAUAUCUGCCCGCCGCUGCUAACGCUAUGGGGGAUGUUGCCACAUUACCAGUGCCUCGACCAGUAAAAGUUUGCAAUGCAGAAGGACAAAGUGCUCAAACAAUAUGGCUGGACCCAUACGAUUACGACGCCAACAAAUUCAACACAGCCGUUGACAUAAAACUACGCGAAUGGGCGGAGUCUGAGCUACCUAACGCUUCAAUAAGGGCGGGGCGGGAGGCGCUCAGGGAGGAGUUUACGGAGCUAAUGAAUAGAGCGCAGGACUCCGACCCCGUGUAUGAACCUGUCAAGAAGGAGGCCGUCGAGGAGGCACUUAGGAGGCACCAGUGGGAGGACAGGGCGCAGGAUGUGCUCCGAGUGCUCCAGCUGAACGCGCUCCAGGACCGCUGCGUGUCGUCCCGCGGCGACUGGGACGCCGCCGUGUCGCUCAUGGACUCCGCCGUCAAGGACAAGCUCGACCUCACGCACCGCGACCUGAAGGAACUCACUGGUCCAGGUCUAAAAGACCGCUGGUUAUACUGGCAGUAUACAUCAGAAGAGCAGAGCCGCCGCAACGAAGUACGAGCAGAGCUGGAGAGGCUGGGUGUGGCACGCCCAGUACUGGCAUACGACGAAGUCGUCGCCGUCAGGGACAACUUGAGGAGGAAGGGCAUCGAAGUCGAUAACGAUUAUAUAAGAGAGACUUGGAAACCUGUUUAUUUGAAAAACUUCCUACAGCGCGCACAAACGAGGGCCCGGGACUGUCGGAAGAGUUUCUACCUGUAUAGUCAACAGAAUGGAAAUGGGAAGGAGUGCUGCGAGGUGGUGAUGUUCUGGCGCGUCCAGCAGACCCUGCGCACCACGGCCAACGCGCUGCGCCAGCAGAUCGGGAACCGGGAGGCCGCGCGACUCGACAGGGAACUCCGGGAGGUGCUCGACGAGAUGGCAGCAGAUCCUGAACUGAAAAAGAAACUUCUAUCCGGUAGAAGAGUAGAGUUAGCAGAAGAACUGAAGAGAGUGAGACAGGUGCAGGAGAGAUUAGAAGAAUUCAUAGAGGCACUUAACAAAGAGAAAUAGUCGAUAUAAUUAUGUAUAUUGUAGUUACGUAUGUAUGUAUGUAUGUACACCUGCGCAUGCGUCGCCAAUGUACAUAGUGCGCCUAUAACUCUAACAACACAAGAUAAUUAUAAAAAUGAGGACUAUAUUUUUUUUUCUUGUAUUGUCGCCAGAUGGCGCUGUAUAGUAAGAGGUUUGUUCGUCCAAUAGGGAAUAGGGAUGAUGAUGCAAUAUGGAUAUUUAAAACCUAUUUCGUCCGUCAGUUAGGUAAUGAAAUGAUAUUAGACACGUAUUUUUUUAUUUUGUCGUAUAAGAAAACAAUA